GUCUCUUCUCCAAAGGUAGGAAUGUAAAUCCAGAGGGAUUAGUGAGGACACUCCAGGCUGUAAAGCCUUCAUUUGCUCUCCAAGGGGUCUCUGCCUCAGUGCGUAAAGUCGGGAAGGGGCUCUGCAGCGCGCAGCACUUCUUAUCCCACUGGCUCCAUGCGCGUCACCUCUGCGGGGUACUGAUCGAGGAUUACGCAUUAUUUGAUACCGCCACCCGCGCGCGCCACUGACAGAUGAAAACAUUGAGCGUUUUGCUUGUGUGAAGCCACGUUUUCCCUGGUACAGAUCGCCCGUCCCCGAGCGCAGAGGGGACAUGGGUCAACUUUAUGGUGCGACUCUUUUACCAUUUGGCGCUAUCUGUGUUGCUUUCCUGUGGGAAUCUGGUGCCAGCUCCAUCAGGGCGACGCUUGCGGUCGACGCCUCGAGGACGGAGUGUCCGGUUGAUAAAAUCGUGACCGUCCAGUAUCCCUGUGUCAGAGCUGGAGGGAAGAACAGCACUUGUUUCAGGAGGAAAUGCUGUGAUGGAUUUCGGUUUGUGAUGGGCCAGUGCAUACCUGAAAGUGUCGAUGUGUGCGCAGCGUCGCCCUGCGAGCAGCAGUGCACUGAUAACUUUGGCCGAGUGGUGUGCACGUGUUACCCCGGCUAUCGCUUUGACCGAGAUAGGCACCGCAACCACAAGUCUCCUUACUGUCUGGACAUUGAUGAGUGUGAGCACCCAGGCAGCGGUGUGUGUGACCACGAGUGUGUGAACACAGUGGGCAGCUUCCUGUGCCGCUGUCACAGUGGCUACAUACUGGCCCCCGACCAGCGCUCCUGCAUCCCUGUACACAACUUGAGUUCAUCGGGGAAGUCAGACCCCCUGAUGAGUGCUGGAUCCUGCUCCUUCACCUGUGAGGACUUUAUGAACAUGAAAACCAGUCUGCUGCAGUUAAAGCUGAGGCUGGGCAACACUCAGUCACCCAACCAGGUACCUGACCUGGCCAACAGGAGUGAUAAGCCAUCUCUAGGGAGGACAGGAAAAAGUGCUGACAGCUCCUGUCUUCCUGGUCCACCCGGUCCCACGGGAGCUCCUGGGGUCCCAGGACACCCAGGAGAACCAGGAAAAAGAGGGGACCCAGGGGACAGGGGCCCGCCUGGCUCCCGCGGUGACAUGGGACCCAUGGGUCCAGAGCCUGACCUGAAGCACGUGAAAAGAGGCCGCAGGGGGCCAGUGGGACCUACCGGGGCAACAGGAAGAGAUGGAUUAAAGGGAGACAGAGGAGCUCCGGGUCCCAUUGGUCCUCCUGGACCGCCCGGCUCCUUCGACUUCCUCCUGCUGAUGAUGGCUGACAUCCGCAACGACAUCAUCGAACUGCAGGAGAAGGUUUUCGGGGAGCGCCGGGGCCUCUCCCUGGACAGCCCUCCUCAUGCCAGCGGAGAAAGGGAUUUUGUGGAGUGGGGCUCAGGACAAGGAGAUCUCCUGCUCGGCACCUGACACCCCCCCCCAUUUCGGACAACCCCUUCACCCCCACCCACUGCAACACACUCCAAAGUCAUGACUCUUUUGUUUCCACGUUGAUAAAGGAUGCUGGCGCUCAAGUAACCAACAUGUCGAUAGGCCUCAGCCACAGAACUGGGCCAGGAUCCUCGGUUGCAUUCUCGGCCCGGUGAAACGCAGAGAUACGAGGAUUAUCAAAGAUGGCGAUCGGACGCUACGAAACGGACUGGCGGCGGCCUUUUCGUAGGCUGCAGUGUGAGUGAUGUGUGUGCAGGGCAUACGGGUCCGUGUUCAUGCCUGAGCCCCAGAGGCCCGACCACUUCAGUGUGGACUGAGCGGGCCAGAAGCUCUGCUGCCUCCGACGCUUCGCCUGCAGGCCGUCGGUACGAAGACAGAGCCCCCCCCCCCCCCCCCCCCCCGCAGAUGGGCGCAGUGUCCGGCCAUCGGGUCUGAGCUCUGCUGCUCCUCCGUGUUCUCUGAGUCAUCUUUAGAAGAUAACUCAUGCGAGUGUAUCACGAUCCCAGCCCUGCCCCGCUAGACAGAACCAAAAUGUGUAUUUUCUUAAUUUUGCAAUUAACUAGUAUAAAAUUGAAUCAACAAAUGAUCAGGUGGGUUGACUGUAUGGAGAUAAAAUAUGGACUUUUUAAAAUACAGAUCAUUACAUUUCAAAUACGGAAUAAAGAUGACAUGUUCUGAGUAAGAAUGGGAAAGAAAAUACAAAUCAAUAAAUAACAAAGAUGGAGCCAUAA